GUGCGUGGAACGAACGCUCCACGCGCGCAUGAGUCAAAACCUGGGGGGAGGAGGUGAGGAGUCCAACGCUCCGCCAGCAAGACUCGUGGAGUCAGAUUCCUCGGCUGGACACGUGACGUCAGACACGGCAGCCGCUUCACUCGUGUCCCGCACCAUCCUCCGCCGAUCACCUGCACAGAACCGCGGGAGGAGGUGUCGGUCCUGAACCACUUCCGCUCGGCUCGAGAAGCAAUGCCGCCAUCUGCUGUCCGCUGCGAGAACCGUCCAAUCACAACUCGACCCCUCGCCCACACGUCAGCCGUGUUGAAUUCGCGCUCUAAACACAGCGCGUUUUACCGAGACACACUUAUAAACUUCAAACAAGGCUGUUGAGGGUGUUGUAAUGAACCAAAAAGUAAAACGGAUCAAUACUGAGGCGGAAGGGGUCGCUGCAACACGCUCUCACCUGUCUGACGCUGCCGGUGGGAGGAGCCACUCUGCGCUGCGUCACGAGGAGUGGGCGGGGCCACUGACUUGGCAUGAGCCGUGUAGGCCCACUGACCCGCCCUCUCGAUUGGCAGGUGGCAGCGCAGGUUGGUGAAGACUCAAAACACCACAGUGGAAACCAACUCUGUGUUUCAUGGUGUUUGACUGGAUUGAACUCUGAAACACCUGUUCAGCUACAGGUUUCGGCGGCGUCGCAAGCGUGUUAGCCUCGCGCUCUCACGUGACAGAGGCCCUGAAACCCGCUCCUCAGCCUCGGUUCCGUCUCACUGCAGUUGAACUCUGACUCGUCCUCUGAGCCCCAGGACAAUCACACACACACACACACACACACUCUAAGCCCCGCCCACUUCUCUCUCCUCACUUGCAGGCUAUUUUUAGCUUUCAAACAACUGCUCUCCUAAAAAUGGGCCUGUCCUGCCCGGCUGGAGGUGGAGCGUGGCUUGGUCUCAGCCCACACAGGGGCCACAGAGCUCCGCAGGAUGCUGGACCGCUGCAGCUGAUCUGCAGAGCUGACCUCCGCCCCUGGAAGACCUCCUCCUCCCAGAGCUCUCCUCGGACGCUGGCCUCUCCUGAAGCUGUGGUGAAGCUCCGGAGCAUGUUCCUGUGGCUGCUGCUGCUGCUUCCGUGCCUGCUGCCGGUGACCCCGGCGCAGAAGGGCCUGGAGUUCCCACAGUACGACGGGAAAGAGCGUGUCCUGGACAUUCAUGAGCGGAACUACAAGAAGGCGCUGAAGCAGUUCAGCAUGCUGUGCCUCUUCUACCACCAGCCCACGGCCGACAGCAGGGAGCUGCAGAAGCAGCAGCAGAUGACCGAGCUGGUGCUGGAGCUGGUGGCUCAGGUCUUGGAGGACAAGGACAUUGGCUUUGGAUUGGUGGACUCUCACAAAGACGCUAAAGUGUCCAAGAAGCUGGGUCUGGAGGAAGAGGGCAGCAUCUACGUCUUCAAGGAGGAGCGCGUGGUGGAGUUCGACGGCCUGCUGUCGGCCGACACCCUGGUGGAGUUCCUGCUGGACCUGCUGGAGGAUCCGGUGGAGCUGAUCGGAAACGCCCUGGAGCUGCGAGCCUUCGACCGCAUGGAGCGGGACGUCCGCCUCGUCGGAUUCUUCAAGAGCCAGGACUCGGAGCACUACCAGGCGUUCAAAGAGGCGGCCGAGCAGUUCCAGCCGUACAUCAAGUUCUUCGCCACGUUUGAGAAGUCGGUGGCCAAAGAGCUGAGCCUCAAGCUCAACGAGGUGGACUUCUACGAGCCCUUCAUGGAGGAGCCCGUCACCAUCCCGGGGAAACCUCUGUCUGAGGAGGACCUGCUGGAGUUCAUCGCCGAGCACCGACGGCCCACCUUGAGGAAGCUGCGAGCAGAGGACAUGUUCGAGACCUGGGAGGACGACAUCGAGGGCAUCCAUAUCGUGGCCUUCGCUGAGGAGGAGGAUCCAGAUGGCUACGAAUUCCUGGAGAUCCUGAAGGAGGUGGCCCGAGACAACACGCACCUCCCCGACCUCAGCAUAGUCUGGAUCGACCCGGAUGACUUCCCACUGCUGAUCCCCUACUGGGAGAAGACCUUCAAGGUGGACUUGUUCAGACCUCAGAUUGGAGUCGUCAAUGUCACAGACGCGGACAGUGUGUGGCUGCAGAUGGACGAUGAGGACCUUCCCAGCGCUGAGGAACUGGAGGACUGGAUUGAAGACGUCCUGUCGGGAAAAGUCAACACAGAAGAUGAUGACGACGACGACGAUGAUGAUGAUGAUGAUGAUGAUGAUGACGAUGAUGAUGAUGAUGAUGACGACGAUGAUGAUGAGUGAUCUGUCUGCUCUCCUCAUCUUCAGUCCUCAUGAUUCCAGAAGUGCACUGACUGUGUCGUUCCUUUGAUCUUGUGUCCAUUAAACGUGAGUCCUAUCCACGUGGAAACCUGCACGCUUUCAUUGCCAUGUCGAGUCACAGCCGAGUCAGAGCCGGUGCUGGAGAGCUCCACUGCUCAUGGAA